UAUCUAUCUCACUUGUUUGGUUAGUGCAUACAAACAAAGGUUAUUGUUUUUCCAAAAGGGAACUUCUGAUAUAUUUCAAUCUUUGAAUUUAUCAAAAAGUUUGAACGAAACCCAUCUUUUUGAAUUUCAAUUUCACAUCUCUGUUUCCUGGAAAGAGAGAUUUUUUUUUCUCAUUCCAAGGCUGCUCAUUUGGAAUUCCAGUCCAUUUGAGACUGUAAUCUUUAGGACACUCAUUGAAAUGGGUAUAAAAGAGAUGGGAAUGAGGACCGAUGACAUUGAGAACUGAUAGCUUUAAGAAAUCAGAACCAGGUGUGACAAAACCUAAGAAUUCUAUUAACUUAAGUGGGUGCAAACCUGUAAGUGUUGAUAUUAUGGAACGAAGUCCUUCAUUCAAGAGUUUAGUUCAAGAUACAAGGUAUUCGGCCAGCCCUGUAUUAGUUCCCAGGAAUGAAGAUAAUGAUGAUUCUUCAAUUUCCCUUACGAAACUAUCGAUAUUCUUAUCGCCAAAACCUGUUCGCGAGCUUGAUGAUGCUGCGGUUAAGGUUCAGAAAGUGUAUAAGAGUUAUCGAACUAGGAGAACCCUUGCUGAUUGUGCAGUUGUGGUUGAGGAGCUUUGGUGGAAAGCUUUGGACUUUGCAGAGUUAAAGCGCAAUUCUGUUUCAUUUUUCGACGGUGAAAAGCAUGAAACUGCUGUUUCGAAAUGGACAAGGGCUAGGAUAAAAGCUUCCAAGGUGGGUAAAGGAUUAUGCAAAGAUGACAAAGCUCAAAAGCUAGCUCUUCAGCAUUGGCUUGAAGCUAUUGACCCACGCCAUCGAUAUGGACACAAUUUGCACUUGUAUUAUGAUUUAUGGUUCGAAAGUCAGAGCGCUCAACCGUUCUUCUAUUGGUUGGACAUUGGAGAUGGGAAGGAACUAAAUGUUAAGUCAUGCCCAAGGUCCAAGCUGCAUAAGCAAUGCAUCAAGUAUCUAGGACCUAACGAAAGGGAAACUUACGAAGUGAUUGUUGAAGAUGGAAAACUUAUGUACAAGAAAACUGGCAUUCUUGUGGAGACAUCUGAAGAAUCCAAAUGGAUUUUUGUCCUAAGCACGUCUAGGAAUUUGUAUGUUGGUCAGAAGAGCAAAGGGAAGUUUCAACAUUCGAGUUUCCUAGCCGGUGGAGCCACCACAGCUGCUGGAAGGAUGGUUGCUCAUGGUGGUGUUCUAGAGGCUAUUUGGCCUUAUAGUGGUCAUUAUCACCCAACUGAAGAGAACUUUCUUGAGUUCAUUAGCUUCCUUGAAGAACACAAUGUUGAUCUCACAAAUGUAAAGAGAUGCGCUAUAGACGAUGAUGAUCCUUCAGUUGCAAGUUCGAUUGAGUCAAAGGACAGAAAAACUAUUGCGAAAGUGGUGGAAGAUGUUCAAGAGGAGAUAAUCGCUAAUAAACCUAGGCCAGACGACCCAAUAUUUGGCUUGGCCAAACGUCUGUCAUGCAAAUGGUCAACAGGAGCUGGUCCUCGAAUCGGUUGUGUUCGUGAUUACCCAACCGAGCUUCAAUUCCGUGCACUUGAGCAUGUUAACCUCUCGCCACGAGUUUCACCAGGGUCCUUUGCUAAUUUCGGCCCAAUUCCUUCUCCUAGACCAAGUCCUAAAGUUCGUCUCUCACCUAGGAUCUCGUAUAUGGGCCUCCCAAGCCCGAGGACUCCACUUGCUGUGUCUAACUAAACCGAACCAAACUGAACUUGGCGUGGUAUGAAUGUAGCUAGCCUGUAGAGAACAUGAAGUGGCUAACUUUAUUUCUUCAUUGUUUUGUAUGUUUAAUUCAUUUAUUUAUAAAAGAUGAGGCUCCUUAUGCUGUUGUAAAAGGGCCUUACAAAGGUAACAACUUUGUCAAUAAAAUCAAAGAUCAAUAAUAUCUUUAAAAUUAAUAACUU